GGAUGCCAUAUUUGGUGCCUUCAUAUCAGCUUCCUUUUCAGCAACAGCAGGCCAUCUUCAAUGGAUCUUAUUUACCUCCUUGGACAGCAAGUCUGGAUGGUGGCUUUAUAGGCAUGCAGCACCAGCACAUUGGUAAUCAGGCACAUGAUGCAGCAACAGGAGUGGUAAACAAUGGUGCGCAGCAACAGCAACAGCAACAACAUCAACAUCAACAUCAACAUCAACAUCAACAUCAACCACAAGAUAAUGCACCCCGAGAUCAACGUAGAGGUGCUGCAUUAUGGCUUAUUUUGAAACUAACAAUUGGUGUGUAUAUGUUUGGACAGAACGGCAGCAUCGAGCGACUUAUCCUGUUGUAUCUUGUAGCAGCUGUCAUCUUUUUGCAACAAACAGGACGCCUCCGGAUUGUUCGCAGGAUUGCUCGCCCUCACCAAGAGCCUCCGCCAGAGGCUCCUGUAGCUGCGCCAGCAGAUGUAGCAGAGAGGCCCACUGGUGUUUCUCAAACAGCAUUGAGGACGGGAGCAGUAGAAGAUUCAUUGGCGUCUUCUCCUUCAGUCGAAGGGGAAUCAAGCAACAGUAGCAGUAACAAAGUUGAAAGCAAGGAAACUGUUGAAAAAAAUAUGGUAGAGGGAGGGAGACAUCUGAUAGAAGCUGACUCGGAGCAGCCGACACUGAAGCAAGUAAAAGAAAAAGAAAAAGAGAAAGACAGACCAGAUGAAGUAGUAGCACCAAAGCAAGCAUCUAUUGAGAAACAGGAUAGAACAAGCCAGCGGGGUGACAACAUCCGUGAACAGACUACAUCUCCUUCUUCUACUUCUGCUGCUGCUGCUGCUACCUUUGCUACACGACCGGCUUCUCGAGGUUCGCAUGAGUAUGAGCAUGAGCAUGAGCAUGAGCAUAUGCAGCCACAAGCACAGCAACAACGACAGCCACAGCAACAGCAACAGCAACAGCAACAGCAACAGCAACAGGAACAAGUAGAUCAGCAGAGAGUGUCAACACUUCAAAAAGUGGAACGUGCCUUAGUCACGUUCGUCACAUCAUUGAUUCCCCCGUCCCCAGCAGAGAUCGACCAAGCGGUUGCAGAGGCUAAUGCUGCAGCAGCCGACCGUGUCUUGUAAAUAGUUUAUUAAAAAAAAGAAGAAAAAAAAAAGCGUGAAGAAAUUUAAUUUUUUAUCAUUUUAUUUUAUUCCAAG